AUGGCGGGGCCGGCGCUGUGUCCCGGGCUCAGCAACUGGUUGGUGCUUCUGCUGCUGCUUCUUUCAGCAGGUGAGACGGUGCUGGAGGUCAGCAAAACACAGGAGCUCUACCCGGAUCCCAAAGGAAGCCUUUGUUCCCGGAUCUGGCAGCAACCACGUUUCGUGGCCAAGAAACGGGGCUCCAUGGUGGAAAUCAUCUGCCACCUGGAGGUCCCGGGCAACGUGAGCUGGCUCCGGAAGCAGGAGACGGACUCGGAGGCCAAGUUAUUUCUCCCCAAAAAGGGCCGCAUCCUCCAGACCUAUAACACCACCGAGGCCACGCUCAUCAUCCAAGACAUCCAAUUUCAGGACAACGGCAUCUAUUUCUGCGAGGAGGAGCGCUUCAAGGAGACCCCGAGGAGAGAGCGCGGCUGUGGCACCGAGCUUCGGGUCAUGGGGUUCAGCACCUUGGCGCAGCUGAAGCGGCGGAACACGCUGAAAGAUGGCAUCAUCAUGAUCCAGACACUGCUCAUCAUCCUCUUCAUCAUCGUGCCCAUCUUCCUGCUGCUGGACAAGGAUGACAGCAAGGCCGGGAUGGAGGAAGAUCACACCUAUGAGGGCCUGGACAUUGACCAGACAGCCACUUACGAGGAUAUAGUGACUCUGCGGACAGGAGAGGUGAAGUGGUCGGUGGGUGAACACCCAGGCCAGGAGUGA